UAUGGGUCGCUGGCAAGAUUCCUCCUUGGUUUCCAUCAGCCUUGGUGUGAGAUGAAUAUGAACAAAAAUAACUUGGCUGUCCAUGAGACAGCCUGGCCUUCCCCGUCCCAAGGCUGAAACCACACACUGUGGCUGGCUGGAGAUGAUAAAAUGGUGUUCCUCCUUUGACUCACAGAGGAAAACCAAACCACCACAAAGAAGCGAUAAUCUUUUCAGAGGGCUAAUUUUGGCCUCUUGUUCAAAAAUGCUUCCCUCCUUUUCUUGAGUGGAAUUAAUGAUGGUAGAAGGCAUUGCAAAACAUCCAAGCGGGGUGCAAAUAUGAAGUUUUGUCUCCUGAAUGUAUUGGUGGAAAUAAUCCUUCUGAGGAAAGGGCAAGGUAACAAAAAACACCGAGGGGCCAUCUUGGAGCUGGGAGAUGAAGAAGUGGGCAAUCUUGGUGAAAAAGCUCACUCAUAAACCUGGAGAGGAGGCCUCCUUUCCCUGUGAAGCUGUGGGCUAUCACACACACUUGUUUUGGCUCCCUCUGAAUCCCAAAUGUGCGAACACCAGCACAGAGAGAGUGGAGAUAAACUGGAAUCCCGCCAGGAAUGAAGUAAUUCCUCUUCGGUUCAACCAACGCCUGAUCUACCAGCCUCCGCAAUUACUAAUCCUUAAGAAUCUCAUCAUGAGCGAUUCGGGGAUUUACAUCUGUCGCUUAUCCAAUGGCUCAGAAACUCACGCCAUCCUGAGGGUAACCACAGGCUGCCACAACAAUAUCUUGGUCUCCUCCCACAAGGUCAGUAUCUCCUAUUUAAAGCUCAACUGCCAGCAUUGCUCUAAACAGAAAGCUCAUCAUUUCCGAUGGCUGCUGAACUCAAACCGACUAGGCAACCGCCCCUGGGCUAAGAAGAGCAGUAUGGGCUCUUCAGUAUUAUUACAUGCCAUACAGGAUGAGAUAUGGGGACGCUGGGAGUGCCAGUCUACUUUCAAUCCUGCUUGGAGUUCUGAAUUUUGCUUGAGUCCACCCUUUGGAGAGAAGGACGAAAUUCCUGAAGAUAUUGAUUCUACUGAGCCCACUUGGUCAGCAUUCUCUGAUUGGUCAAGUCCUGCUGUCCUUCAAACCACCGAAGUUGCACAGAAACGCCAUGCCGGGGAUAGAAUUGCUACCUGGAUUUGGAUGCUGCUGUUAGUUGGUGUGGUUCUGAUCGCAGCUGCCUUGAGUGUGACCUUGUAUUUUUGGAAAAAAGAUUUUUCAGACAGGUGUCCUCAUAACAACACUGCAAGGGCUUCUGGUGAAAGAAUGGAGCAUGCAGAUUUUGCUUCCGUGAGAAACCCCAUCAGAAAGGAGAAAAUAGGCAAACAAGAGAGUCUGGAUGAGAGAUCCUCUUCCCUUUAUUAUGCUCAGCUGCAGCAUCUCCAAGGAAAAUCUCCACUUGUUCAGGCUCCAGACAAUGCCACGGUAUAUGCUGUGAUUGUUUGAUAUCACUUUUCAUCCCUUCCUACUACAUGCACUUGAAGACUGAAUCUUUUUUUUACCUGUGAUACAUAUUGAACUUCACCUGGACUCUGCUUUGAAUUGCAUAUUGUGAGCUCAUCAGGCACAGGACACAGCAAGUCUUCCUGGCUCUAAGUUUGAAUGAGAGUUUUCCUUGAACCUUUCAGAAGGGUGGGACAAGACAUAGUAAAGUAGUAGUAAUGCCCUUGGGAGGGUGGGCUGCUGCAGGCUUCAGAGCUACAGUAUGCAUUUUGGGGAAGCCUAACAAAAUUUGUCCCCGUAUAGCAACACUGAAGUGCAAGGAGAGAAUAUCACUUCCUUUUUUCUUGGGACCCCUUAAUAAUAGAAAUCUUCUUAUGUAUUUAUAUCCAGAAUAUAGCCAAAUAUAUCUCUACAACUAGUCCUUAGAUAGCAAGGGCAUUUUUGUCAAGACCAAAGCAAAACAGAAAAGAUUAUAUUCUCCCAUUACUUGUAAUCUUAUCUACAGUAUCCACCUGUACCUGCUGUGUGCAUUUAAAGAAACAAGGGCAUUAUUUGCCAUACUUGCAGUUAAAGAUGUUUUCACCCAUCCUUUUGACCUCCUCAGCCCCCCCAAUUGCAUUUGUCAAUCUCUAAGCUCCUGUGCAGGUAGUCCUCAACUUACGACCCAUCACGAUCCCAAGCUGUGAUAGUUAGGUAAAUCAAGUGGUUGAUCCAAUUUCAUGACCAUGUAGCAGCAGUCAUUAAAUGAACACUGUGGUUGUUAAGUGAACCAAUGGUUUGCUAUCACUUAAAUAUUUAAAUCACUUAAACAUGAGCCAGCAGCCAAAAGCCCUGAUACAAUCCUGGCAUACAUACAAUGAGGCAUAGAAUCAAAAUCAUGUCAAGUAUUAGUACUGUUUUAUAAAUCCUUAGUAACACCACAUCUGGAAUACUGCAUCCAGUUUUGGUCACCACAUUACAAAAAAAGAUGUUGAGAC